AUGGCUAGCUAUUUGAAAGUGUUUAAAGAUUGGGUGAACUACCAGAAGAAUGUUUAUAAUACUCUGGGCCGUAUGGAGAUUUUCCGAAGACUUCUACGUGAAGGAAAUGUUCGAGUUGGUAGCUUGGUAGGAACGGAUAAAUAUGGCAACGAGUACUACGAGAAUAACUAUUAUUUCAUGGGCAGAAAUCGUUUUGUGAAGUAUCCAUACAAAGAUCAUCGAUUAUCAUUUGAUGCAAGUGAAAUCCCAGCAGAAUGGCAUAGAUGGAUGCAUUAUAUGACGGAUGAUCCACCAAAUAAAGUUAUUCCAGAGCAGAGAAAAUGGAUGGCUGACCAUGAAAUCAACUAUUCUGGAACUGACAAACGUUACGUACCAUACAGUACAACAAGACCAAAGAUUGAAGCGUGGCUGCCACCGAAAAACUGA